AUGCCAAAAACGAAAAUAGUGGAAAGUGAACGGAUAUCAGAGAAAGAAGAACUAUGCAUCACCUAUUGGUGUGAUAAUGGAGAUAAAUGGGAUUUAUUUACAAUGAUUACCGGUUUAUUGUUAUUAAUCAUGGGAUUAUGUUGUUCUACCAUUGAAGUUGGUUAUUUACUAUAUACACAUCGUAUACAAUGCUACUGUGUUGGUUUAUGGUGUUCUGCAGGUUUUUUGUUAAUUGGUACUCUUGCCAUGGGAUUAUAUCAUUAUGAGUCAGUUCCAUCAGCAUCAUUAUUGUUAUUCUGUGUAGUAUGUGAUUUAUUAUUUGGCAUAAUUAUGCCAUUAAUUGUAAUUGUUUUAACAAUUAACUGUGGUAAAUUAAAUGCUUCAUAUUAUCAAUUCACUGUGAUUUGUAUAAUAGUUGAAUUAACAAGUAUUGUACAUAUAUUUUUUGUAACGAGAGAAUUGUUAAAAGUACGACGACAAUUCUAUCGUAAUGAAUAA